GUGGAGAUGUCUCGUAAGAGCCCUUUUGCCUCCUGGCUUUGUGCUAUGCUCCACUGCUUUGGAAGUUACAUACUUGCUGAUCUCUUACUUGGAGAAUCACCUAUUGAUUACUUCAGUAAUAACUCCAGCGUCAUCCUGGCCACAGCAGUCUGGUAUUUGAUAUUCUUCUGUCCUAUGAACCUCUUCUACAAGUGUGUUAGCUUUCUCCCUGUGAAGCUCAUCUUUGUGGCAAUGAAGGAGGUGGUCAGAGUUCGCAAAAUUGCAGCUGGAGUCCACCAUGCUCAUCACCGUUACCACCACGGGUGGUUCAUUAUGAUGGCUACUGGAUGGGUCAAAGGUUCUGGUGUUGCCUUGAUGUCUAACUUUGAGCAACUGCUGCGUGGGGUCUGGAAGCCAGAAACAAAUGAAGUCCUUCGUAUGUCCUUCCCUACAAAGGCUAGUCUGUAUGGCACAGUCCUCUUCACUCUGCAACAAACUCACUGGCUCCCUAUCUCUGAAGCCAACCUCAUCUUCUUUUUCACCAUGUUCAUGAUAGUUUGCAAGGUUUUCAUGACGGCAACUCACUCUCACGCCUCACCUUUUGCUCCAGUGGAAAGCUUCAUCUGCCCAGUUUUCUUUGGCUCCGUUUCCAGUGGACACACUAGUCAUCACCAUGAUCAGCAUGGGGCCUCCCAUGAGGUUUCCCAUCCUCCGCCUUCUAUUGCAAAGUCAAAAGAGGAGCUAAAUGAAGGCACAAGGAAACGGAAAGCAAAAAAAGCUGAAUAAAAAAGCAACCACACAGUAAAUAGGCCAAGAAAAUUCUUCCAGAGCUGAGUCUCAAAGCCACCUGUGACCUCCUUUAUCCUCCAGUCCUUCUCUCUCAGACUCCAGAGGAGAGGUGGAAGCCAGGACACUGCCAGGCAGGUCCCUGAAUUUCAUUUGUGCUCUCAGUGCUGCUGCUUGCUUCGUGGUCUCUGUGUCUCUAUUCCGAUCAUAUUUUCAGGGAUUUGUAGAUUUGUGCCAGGAUGACAAGUGGGUGCCAGUUCCCAAGCUGUCAGCAAUUCUGAUGCAGCAUUUUCAAUUGAUGUAAAAUCUUUCACUGUGUUUAUUUGUGAAUGGAGGUA